AUGCAUAGUAUCAAAUACUCGCCGACGGCUACGCGCAGCCUGCAACAGUGGGCACCUCUGAUAGUCUCUCUGGUCAUCGUUACGAGCAUCGUCACCGUGAAUCUGCUCGCACCAUUCUUCAGCGCACCUGAAACCAACAUGGAGAAGGCUCUCAGAAUACUCGACCAAGCGCCGAUAAUUGACGGGCAAAUCCGAUUCUACCUGAACUCCUCGAUUAACGAUGCUGAUCUCACCACCUUGCCUGAAACGUUCGAUACAGACAUUACCCGUCUCCGCAAAGGCAAAGUCGGCGGCCAGUUCUGGAGCGUCUACAUGCCCUGCACUCCCAACGUCACCGACUACACCACAACCCUCCGCGACGUGGUCGAGCAAAUCGAUCUCGUGAAACGCAUGGUAGACAAAUACACGGAUGUGUUUCAGAUGGCGUACAGUGUUGCUGAUAUCAGACAGGCGUUCCGGCAUGGCAAGAUUGCAAGUCUGGUGGGCAUGGAGGGUGGACAUAGUAUGGAUGAUAGUUUGGGGGUGCUGAGGCAGUUGUAUGCCCUGGGAGCACGAUACAUGACACUAACACAUACAUGCCACACCGCAUGGGCGGACUCUGCUGCUCCUCCACCGCUUCAUAACGGGCUAACACUGUUUGGGGAGUCCGUCGUGUCAGAGAUGAAUCGGUUGGGAAUGCUGGUUGAUAUCAGCCACGUGUCGCCGGAUACGAUGAGACAUGUGGCACGAGUGUCGCAAGCACCGCUGUUUUUCAGCCAUAGCUCUGCGGCUGCGCUGUGUAAUAUUACGAGGAAUGUGCCUGACGAUGUGUUGGAGAUGGUUAAAGAGAAGGGCGGUAUUGUAAUGGUUAAUUUUUUUUCGAUAUUCGUGUCGUGUAAUACGACGGCGACGCUAUCACAAGUAGCGGACCAUAUCGUGCAUAUCAAGAAGGUCGCUGGCGCACAACAUAUUGGACUCGGUGCCGAUUACGAUGGCAUUAAUUCGUGGCCUGAGGGCCUGCGUGAUGUAUCUACGUAUCCAAACCUAAUCGCAGAACUCCUAUCUCGCGGCUUUACAGAAUCCGAGGUUCGCGGAAUCGCGAGUGACAACCUGAUUCGAGUACUAGAUGAAACGGAACGUGUCUCAAGACGCUUAAACUCUAUGAAACCGGUUGAAGAGACACUACGAAUCAACAAGACGUGUCCGAUACGGGCGGAGGAGUUGUAG